AAAACUCCUUCAAACCGUGGUCUAGCAACAUCGUUCCCUCCAAGCAGAAAUGUCAAAAUGGCGUCAACGCAGGACGCUUGGUAUAUUUCUUUACUUGGUUUAGCAGAACAUUUCCGUACAUCGAAUCCUCCUGACAUAAAAAGUUGCAUCCAGUGCCUACAAGCCGUAUUUAAUUUCAAACCACCACAAAGAGUCGAGGCCAGGACACAUUUACAACUCGGAAAUAUUCUUUUGACACACACCAAAAACAUCGACUUGGCGAGAACGCAUUUAGAGCAGAGUUGGUGUAUGUCACAGACUAUCAAUGGGUUCGACGAUGUUAAGUUUGAGGCAGCAAGUGUGCUGGCAGAUCUGUUUGAGGCUCAGGGCCAGCCAUCACAUUCAAAGCCCAUUCUACGGAAGGCCAUUGAGUUGUCACAGCACAGUGUAUACUGGCACUGCAGGCUAAUAUUCCAACUAGCACAAAUUCAUGCCACAGAGAAAGAGUAUGAAGUGGCAAGCAGUUUGUUGGGAGUUGGAGUGGACUAUGCUCAGAUAUCAAAUGUGGCCUACACACGCGUCCUUUUCUUACUCAGUAGGGUUAUGCUGUUGUUAAUAGACAAGAGGAUCACAGAGGUAUUACCACUGCUGAAUCAAGCUGGUCAUCUAGUUGAUGCAUGGAGUGGCAGUCAUCACCAGAAAGAGUAUCUCAAAGUCUUCUUCCUUGUUCUACAGGUGUGUCACUAUUUAAUGGCCGGGCAGGUGAAGAGCGUGAAGCCAUGUUUGAAGCAGCUGCAGCAGAGCAUACAAGCUAUCAUGGCGCCGCAAUGGCCUGACGAUGACACUGUAUGCGGCAGCGUGCAAGGCGAGUCGUUCGUGUGGAUGUCGCGGCAGCAACUGUACGUGCUGGUGUACCUCGUCACCGUCAUGCACUCCGCGCAGGCUGGCUACAUGGAGAAAGCACACAAGUAUACCGAGAAGGCGCUUGCGCAGAUCGAUAAGCUUACCUCAAAAACGUGCGAAAAGGACGCUCUGGGCAACGAGAAGUGUGAGAGGGAGGAGAGAGAGCGAGUCCGGAGCCGGAAGGGCGCCAUCUUGGCGUGGCGCCUGCGCAUGGCGCUGGUGGAGCACGCGGCGCUGUGUCGCCUCGUCGCCGGCGGGAAGGCACAUGCGCUGCACGAGAUCGCGCGCGCCGCGCAUCUGCUCACGCAGGCACCCGAGCCGGCGACGGCAGAACUGCAUACUCCCCAACUGCACUGCCUGCUGGGGCUGUACGCCAUGUCCAUGAACUGCAUGGACGCCGCCGAGGCACAGUUCCACACUGCCAUCAACAUGUCACAAGAAAGAGAUUUAUGGAUGUUUGCGAAACUCAACUUGGCGAUUGUAUAUUUACGAGGGAGGAGAGACAGUGAACUGACCAUACUUAUGGAACAGGUGAGGCCAGAAGCGCUACCGGCGUACGCGCAUGGUUUGCGAGCUGCCUCCUACUACGUCUUGGGACUGCAAGCUUUCUUCCAGGCUCGGUAUAAUGAAGCCAAGAGGUACCUCCGUGAGACGCUGAAAAUGGCGAACGCAGAGGAUCUGAACAGACUGACAUCGUGCUCCCUGGUACUGCUGGGACAUAUCUUCCUGUCCAUUAACAACUCCCGGGAGAGCAUGAACAUGGUUACACCUGCCAUGCAGCUGGCCAGCAAGAUUCCCGAUGUGCAUGUGCAGCUCUGGGCAUCUGCUAUACUGAAAGACUUGUACCGGCUGGCGGGUGACACGGAGCGGGAGAAUGAGGCGUACCAGAUGCACUGCAACUUCUCGCAGGCGCUUCUGAAGGACCACUUCCAGGCCACGCAGCUGGCGCAGCACGCGCUGGUGCAGUGGACGAGCGGCCCGCCGCCCGCCCUGCCGCCGCCGCAGCCCUAGUGCGCGUGGGACUGCGCCGGGCCCGAGCCGGACCACGAGCGCUCUACUACUACACUCAACCUUAAGAUCACUGUCAUCGGCCUAAGGGGGGACUCCAGGACCUAUUCCCGGCAGUGAUAUUCCACGCCAGUGACUUAACAGACAUUCAUAGUGAUAGUGUGGGACCUUGUGACAUGUGCGGACGUUACGAUCUGAUUAUAACGAGGAUACUGCGCGCGUGUUAGUGUGACUGCUCCCGCCGCGGGGCCGAGGGGAUCCGACUAACCUAGCCAGUAAUACAUAGGUAAAGCUUGAUUUAUAUGGUCAAUUAACAUCAUCUUCAUUGUACAUCCUCACCCUUGGGUUUAUCAGUCGCGCUGUGGUUAGGGUUGUAGAAUAUGGCAAUUAAUAUUGCUCAAUUGUAUCCCCUCAUUUCCCGAAUGUCAUGGAAUAUAUAGCUAAGCUGACAAACUAACUGCUCCAUUACAUUGAUACGAAAAAUUUGUGUAAAAGUGGCAAGGUUUCUUGUGGGCUACAUGACACUGGAUCAUCUUUGAGUGAUUGUUGAGUUUGUAUAAAGUUGUGACAAUAAUAUCAUAUCAGACUAGUAUGUGUCUGGGCGUAUCGUGGGCACACCGCGGAGGUGUCGUGAUACCAGAUGUUGCUUGGUUGGUUGGCUAUUGGUUCUCAUAAAUGUCUGAUCUCAUUCAUUUAUCAUCAUCACAUACAAAGCGAGCUGAGGGGAAGUUACCGUAAUCAGUAUCAAAUUAACAAAUGACAUUUCUAUUUAAUGUUUUCUUUAAUGGGGUUACAUACAAAAGGCAGUGUCAGAACUUGUAGAAGUUUAUAUGGCUUGUGAGCAUUUUGUUUACAAUUUGUAAAUUAAUUAGAAAAUGCAGUUAAUUUACAGCUGAUCAACAAUUUGAUUGCUGCACCUACUUAAGUACAAUUAUGUAACUGCCUUAUUGAAGAUAACUGGUAUCUGCAGUUGAUCUUCAGCUUUCUAUAUACAUCUUGAGUUUAACCUUUUGUUACUUUCUUUAGUAAAUGUUGUGAAAAACAGUGAUUCAGUGCCAAUUUUGGGUACAUUGGCUAAGUUUGCUUUAACAGUAUAGUAUACUGUUUUGCCGUCCUUGAGGCCCAGCUACACACAUCCAAACAAUACAUUCAAUUAUCUAGCACAGUGUGUAUACUGUGGAAACAAUUCAACUUUCAAUUAUUUGCCAUUUCAACUGACAAUAGCCUACUAAUUGUAAAAGAGUAGAGUAUCUGUAAGUAGCUGGGCCUUAAUGCUUGCUUAUAUCAAUUUGUUGCAGAUGCAAUAAUGAAUAGUAACAGUGUUGGUUUUCCCCCUGGGAGGUGUAGGGGCCAUACUUGGAGGAUAUAACAUGUCAGUAACUUGAUUAACCCUGGAAAAAUAGACAACACACCAAAGGAGAGAGAGCAUAAUAAAUUGUCUUAUUUUGCACAAUACACAGUUGAAUUGUGGGCAAAUUUCGAAGUAAAAGUUUAUGCAGAUAAUACGGACUGAUAUAUAAAUUAAUUGUACAUAAUGUGUCAAAAUAUGAACUUGAGAAAGAACAAAAUGUCUCAUAUUUAUUAUUAAUUAUAUUAACAUUUAUUUUAUUAGUUAUUUUCCUUAGUAUCUUGUUAGGAGUGAGUGGAUGUUGUUGAUAUGCUGGUUAAUUAAUUUUAUAGUAGCAUUUGAUUGUUGUAGUUGAUCUCAAUAGAGUGUUUCACCAUAGUACAUAGUGUCACAAUAACUGUUGAUAUCUUUCCAUGUUCAUAUAAUUUUUGUAAUAUACUAGAGACAACUGUUUUCUUUAUCUAGAAAUGAUUCUAUUGAGAUUAAACACAACCAACCUCUUAAUCACACAACUUUUCGUAAAAACAAAAUUGAAAGAACUCUGUACACAUUUUUUAUUUUAUAGUAAUUCCCUUUCGAACAGUUAGAUGUGGCCUUAGACAAAG